GACUGUAGAACCGAGUGCACAGUAAAAUUGGGUCCCGAGGUCCGUCUUGGUACGCGCACGCUCUGGCAAUGUUCGCUAUAAGAUACUGCUGUGCAAAAAGGUGAAAAUCCGCACACUGGACGAGAAAUGGAAAUGUUGCUGCUGCGGCAUGCGCUGUUACUGGUGCUCGUCGUCGUCUUCGCGCUCUGUCAAGUAUCGCAGAGUAAACCUACCAUUUCGCCAAUUCAAGAAGAAAUUUUGUUAAAUGAGGGAGAUCCCUUAGAGAUUACGUGCACUGGUUCUAACCCGAUCAAAUUUAUUUAUCCAGAUGUUAAAGAAGACGAGGUGAACACUUCAGCCGCGCAAACAAGAGAAAGAUCAAGUAAUGGCGUUCACACGAACAUUUUGCAACGUCCUCGCACCGUUUUUGGCGACACAGGCUGGUACGGUUGUACCGAUGAACAACACGAGAUCAACAUUAUUCCAAAUGCCUAUAACGAUCCGGAGGUGAAUUGGAUAUACGUUUAUGUGAAAUCUGACACAAACUUUUUCGUGAAAGCAGACACAUACGCCCACUUAAAUGCAAUUGCCGGCGACGAUACUAUCAUACCAUGUGCGGUUACGUCGCCAAACCUGUUGCCCGUGUUGUCCAAUAAUAACGCGGGAGACUUUGACGAUGAGACGGAGAUGAGGCAGAGGGCAUCAUUUGACCCGAGAAGCGGUUUCACAAUUAGGAACCUCACGGUGAAAGACAGCGACUGGUACAAAUGCAAAAUAAAUAAGGAUGACAAGGAGCAGGAGGUCAAUUACGUGUUGUCCGUGCAUCUGAAGAAGGAGCUGUCUGAGCCGAAAAUUCACGACGAGACCCUGCUGCACGUGACACGCGGACAGAAUCUCACGGUGGAGUGCACCGUCGAAGUGGACGUAGCUAUACGAUACGUGUUCGAGUGGAAAAUACCAAAGAACAACAGCAGAAGAAACGUUCAGCAAUUUAGGAAGAAACUGGACGAGAAUAAUGUCAUGGUUACGAGCCAAUUGACGGUGUUUGACGUAACGUACGAAGACGCGGGCGAGUACGAGUGCAUCAUUAGGUCGAUUCACAGCAGCAAGAAGACGAAGAAGAACAUCAUCAUACAUAAUCCUGAAAACAGAUACAUUAAGCUUACGUCUCAACAUGAGAAUUACUAUGAAAAAGGAAAUGGCGAUAAUGUACAGUGGGUUGUUUACAUUAAUGCAUAUCCCAAACCUGAGUUGCGAUGGCUCAAACCGAACCGCGAGGAAAUUGUCGAGAGUCAAAAAUAUUCCAUGAACACGACAGCUACGGGUACUAUCCUGAAGAUAAGAUCGUUGAACGUGCUAGACAUGGGAAAUUAUACUCUCGAAGCUAAAAACGAAUACAUAACGGAGAAAAUGAAUUUUACUUUGGAUAUCAUAGCUAAACCGGUCUCGAUGUUGUGGGGUAUUAAAGCUUACUACGAGCCUAACAAAACCGCGGAAUUUUCUUGUGAGGUAAUAGCUUUCCCGCAACCGGAAAUAACGUGGAGUUUCUUGAAGUGUCCGAAUUAUCCGUCAUUCGAGAAUUCAACGAUUACAAACGUCACGAUAGCGACUCAUGUACAUGACACAAACAUUCAAACCACUUCAAGAGCGCAGAUACUUAUCGACAUGUCGGGACAUGUAACGUGCAGGGCAUGUAAUAAACUUGGCUGCGAUUCUGUGACUGAGAACGUUCUUGUUUCUGAUGGGGUAGGUGCUUUUGGUAUUUUCGAGCCGAAAGAGCCCGUGACAGAAGGCGAUACCAUAGAAAUGACAUGUGCUGCUUCUAUUUACAACUAUACAGAUGAAAUUACAUGGGUAAACUAUGGUAACAAAAGUUACAUACCAAUAGAGAGAACAGAAAGAUUAGAGAUUUUGCAACAUAGAACCCCAUUCACUUAUCGAUCAACACUGAAGAUUAAUCAGGUCCGUAAAUCAGAUGCUCAAACUUACGCCUGUAUUGGAAAAAGCAUAACAGUGAAUCACGAUGAUUGUAUUGGAGAACAAUGCACCUCACAAGAAGCAAAUCUUUCUGAAUUCGCAGGCUACAUAUUAAUUGUUCACGAUCCGAUGGCACCACGUUUUAUCGAAACUAAUAUGAACAAGACGAAAGAAAGGAUUAUCGAGGAAGACGCGGAAGGUCCUAAGACGAUGAUUUUGCGAUGUCUCGUGGAAGGAAUGCCGAAACCGACAGUUACUUGGUACAAGGACAAUGUACCGUUAAAGAAAACCGACCAGUACUUGUUCAAGUACGAUUCACAGGAACUUAAUAUAAAAUAUCUACAUGUACACGAUAGUGGGAAGUACUCAUGUCGUGCUAGUAACCGAGUGGGCAUUGCCGAAAAUUAUCAGCAAAUAACAGUAACAAAUGGAUGGCAGAAACUUGACUUAAUAUUGACCGCUUCGAUCGUUGUCCUGGCCAUCAUUCUGGUGAUUUUAGCGAUUUUCUCCACGAUCAAAAUUCGUCGUGGAAAGAAACUGAAGGAAGAUUUGGCGAAAGCGGGUCUUAUGCAUUUCGAAGAAGGCGCUCUGGAAUGCUUGAAUCCAGAGUUGACGGUGGAUGAUCAAGCGGAAUUGCUUCCGUAUGAUAAAAAGUGGGAAUUUCCACGGGAACGGUUGACGCUUGGAAAACAAUUGGGCAGCGGUGCGUUUGGCGUGGUGAUGAAGGCGGAAGCGCGUGGAAUAUGCGAAAAUGAAACAGUCACCACUGUCGCCGUGAAAAUGGUUCGUCGGAGCACUACUGAUCCGACCUAUGUUCGCGCGCUUGCCAGUGAGCUAAAAAUUAUGGUGCACCUCGGCAAGCAUCUCAACGUCGUCAAUCUACUCGGCGCUUGCACAAAAAAUAUCUUCAAACGUGAAUUGUUGGUAAUUGUCGAAUAUUGUUGUUUUGGGAAUUUACAUAAUUAUCUUCUCAGACAUAGAACCGAUUUCAUCAACCAAAUCGAUCCCAACACUGGGAAAUUUGAUUUUUCUAUUGGUGCGGAUAAGUUGACGAGAACCGUCAGUGUCAGCAGCAAUAACAGGUUAAAAUAUGCGGCAUUAUCGUUUUCUCGCAGUCUUAGUAUGAGUUCAGGCACUGACACAGUGCGUUACUGUCCGGGAGUGGACUCGGACUCUCAAGAGAUCAGUACGUCGCCAGACGGCUAUAUUCUUAGUAAUAAUUCAUCCCAACCAGAAUGGAGGUCGAAUUACCAUGGUGAUUACAAAGAUCAAAAUCUCAAGCCUAUCUGCACACAAGAUUUGUUAUCGUGGGCAUUCCAGGUGGCACGUGGAAUGGAAUAUCUCAGCCAAAGAAAAGUGUUGCACGGUGAUCUAGCAGCAAGGAAUAUUUUGCUCACCGAGAACAACGUAGUGAAAAUUUGCGACUUUGGUCUCGCAAAGACCAUGUACAAGGACGACAAUUACAAAAAGAAAGGCAACGGUCCGCUACCCAUUAAAUGGAUGGCCAUCGAAUCGAUCAGAGAUCGAAUUUUCUCGACGCAGUCGGACAUAUGGAGUUUCGGUAUAGUACUUUGGGAAUUCUUUACCUUAGCUAAAAUACCGUAUCCCGGCAUGGAGGCUGAUAAACAGUAUCAGAAGCUGAUCGAGGGCUACAGAAUGGAGAAACCAGAGUAUGCUACUUCCGAAGUGCACGACAUAAUGUUGCACUGCUGGAAGGCUAAACCUACGCUACGUCCAAGCUUCACGGAUCUCGCGAAAAACAUAGGCGAUUUAUUAGAAGAGAACGUGAGAAUACACUAUAUAAGCCUAAACACACCUUACAUGGAUAUGAACUCGAUGAAUCUGGGGAAUGACUAUCUAACGAUGAUGUCCGCGCCGGAUCACGCGACUCUCUCGUCGCCGGGCCACAAUUACGUGAACUCGCCGAGUCUUCCGGAUUCGGUGUACUUGCCCAUGAGUCCCAGUUGUCAGAAAGACGAGUCCGGGAUAUUUAGUCCCCGACCGCCCGAGAGUCACUUUGAGUUCCCGACACCCGCGUCGGAUUCGGAGGACGCCGUCGAGCUGUCGCCGAUGUUGAAGAACGAGAAAGAAUUCUAUCUCGAGCCGAUCGACGUUCAGGGGCGAAGGGCAGAAUUCGCGCGACAAAGACAAGCGAUGCGGAACCAGGCAGUCGACCAACCAGUCGAUCGUGAUUCCGGUUACUGUAACGCGCCGCGUAAUGUUCAUUUGAUUGACCUGAUCGACACUAAUGAAAAAAUGAAAGCGGAUCUUGACAAGACGGACUCGGAGAAGGACAUCGCGCCGGCCGUUAUCAAUACACAGGACAAUUAUGUGAAUAUGCCGAAGCAGAAGAAUGAAUUGAAAAGCAUGCCAAACGGCUUCAGCAAUCCUAGUUACGUGGUAGUGAGCAAUCAGGAUAAGGACCAGACAGUUUAACUAGCUUGUUCAGUUUCCAUCAUAUAUUCAUUGUAAAUAUCGGAUCGUUCCAAGACAAGAUUCAGUGCGGGUUUAGUGGUUUAAGUAACUCUGCUUAGGAGUGACUAUUGCUACGAUGUGUCGUAUUAUGAUCAUAAUGAUACGUAUGAUGCUUUAAUUGUGCCUGUACAAUGUCCAGUUUUGGUACUUAGUGAAUCGUCUCUCGUGCAAUGUGCCAUGGCGAUCAAUAGCGCACUCAAGAAUGCAUCAGUGAGUUGAAUCGACGAAUAAACGUCGUAAUAGUAAGAUAGUUUCUUAUCAGAUUUUUAUGGGUAUACAACGAUACGCUUAUGGAUAAUGUGCGAUGAGUAUUUUGUAUCUUUAUAUAGCUUUUCCACGUAAUUUAUACAACUUUGUAUUUUUUACGAAUAUUACGCGAGUAAAUAAUAUUUUAUGGAUCGGUACUCCUCGACUUUAAAAGUUUAAAGUUGACAUGCAAGUAUUAACGUGUCUUAUUUGGAAAAUGCAAGAAUUAGAAAAGUCUAAUUCUUUGUUAUAUACAUAUUGUAGACAAAAAAACAUAUAAUCAAUGUGUAUUAUACAUAUAAAAUAAUACAUAUAUAAUAUGUAUUGUGUUGUAUGUAUAAUACGGUAAGUUACGUGUACGAAUAAUAAUUCGCCUAUACAAAAAGUGCAAGCAGUAAAUUAGAUUAUUGUCUUAUUAGAUCAUUGGACUCUAAAUACUUAAUUAGUUUAAUAUUGUGGAAUAUUAUACUGUCCCUAUAUAUUAUAAUAAUGUGUCUUGUCAUUUUCCGAAUAUACGAUAGAUUUAGGAAAUUUGGAUAAGACAAUGCGAUAUAAAUCUUUAUUUUAUUACUAUUUUAUUCUCGAUACAAUUACAUCCAAUGUUUUAUUUCUUCAGAUCAAUUACUUAACAUUUUUACGAAAUAUACGAACUGUGCGAAUUCA